CUCUCUUCCCCCCCCCCCCCGCCCCAGUCCCCUGGCCCAACCCCACAUGCUGGGACGGGGCAUGUUCAUCUGGGAGGAGAUGAUCAGCCUGCCCUGGCUCCCUGUCUGCAUCUCCAAGCUCUGGGAAUCCCCCCGGCUGCCAGCACUGCCCUGCCCCGGCAGCUAUGACAGAAUGCCCGUCUGCGCUGCGGCGGGCGCGCACCUCCCGGAGCGCCCAGUGAGCCGGAUGCCCAUGGAGGGGCUGGACAAGGCUCCCGGCCAUGCGCCGGCCUGGGAGGGGGACGCCCUGCGGGUCAACCAGCUGCACAACAGCAACAACAACGCCUCGCCGGGGGGCUGGCUGGGCCACAAGGGCUCCCGCUCCCUCUCGCCCUUCGGCCCCCGGGCCCCUGCUGGCGCCAACCACACGCUGAGCUACCUGGAGCGCGUCGUGCUGGAGCUCGUGGAGUCAGAGCGCACGUACGUGCGGGACCUGCGCAGCAUUGUGGAGGACUACCUGGGGAAGAUCAUCGACACCGAGGAGGAGCUGCUGCGGCCGGAGCAGGUCAGCGCGCUCUUUGGGAACAUCGAGGAUAUCUACGAACUCAACAGCGAGCUGCUGCAGGACCUGGACAGCUGUGACAGCAACCCCGUGGCCGUGGCCAGAUGCUUUGUGGACAGGAGCCAGGAUUUUGAUAUCUACACCCAGUACUGCAACAACUACCCCAACUCGGUGGCGGCUCUGACCGAGUGCAUGAGAAACAAGCACCAGGCUAAGUUCUUCCGCGAGCGCCAGGAGCAGAUUGGCCACGUGCUGCCCCUGGGCUCCUACCUGCUCAAGCCGGUCCAGAGGAUACUCAAGUACCACCUGCUGCUCCAGGAGAUCGCGAAGCACUUUGACCUGGAGGAGGCCGGCUACGAGGUGGUGGAGGAGGCCAUCGACACCAUGACCUGCGUGGCCUGGUACAUCAACGACAUGAAGCGCAGACACGAGCACGCUGUGCGGCUGCAGGAGAUCCAGUCCCUGCUGCUGCACUGGAAGGGGCCGGAUCUGACGACCUUCGGGGAGCUGGUGCUGGAGGGCACCUUCCGGGUGCACCGCGUGCGCAACGAGCGCACCUUCUUCCUCUUCGACCGCACCCUGCUCAUCACCAAGAGACGGGGCGACCACUUCGUCUGCAAGAACGACAUCCCGUGCUCCUCCUUGAUGCUGAUCGAGAGCACCAGGGACUCGCUGUGCUUCAGCGUCACCCACUACAAGCACAGCAAGCAGCAGUACAGCAUCCAGGUGAGGGCAGGCUGGGCACCAGGGGCGGGGCACGUCCCCCUUUCCCCACCCCGCUCGCUCUGGCGCGCUGCAGAGGGGCAGGACUCGUGCCGCCUACCCCCCUGCUCACUCUGGUGUGCUGCAGAAGCACUCACCCGCACUCCUCUGCCCCUUUCAGAUCCCGCUUGCUACAGAUACAGCCCGGAGCGGCUGAAGAAAGCGAAGUCGUGCCAGCCCAUGGACGAGGUGCCCCCGCAGGCACGGCAGGGGCGCCGGCAAUCGGAGCCUGCCAAGCAGAUUGUCAAGCAGCUGGGUGAGAAAGCAGCAGGACUGAAGCACGCCGACAGCACCGGAGCCCUCCUGGAGGCCGGGGCGCCCUUGCAGGUCCCUGGCAGCGCUUGGCAGCCGGCUGAGGGCGAGGGGGGCGCGGAGGAGGAGGAAGCAGCCGUGGGGAAGGAGGAAGAGCAGGCCCUGGGGCAGGGCUCACUGGAGGAGCUGGCUGUGAGUGACAGCAGCGAGAAGGGAGCUGGGCCGGAGGAGGAGGGCCCGGUGGGCGAGGAGCAGGUAGCUGACUUUGCGAGCUUCCUGCUGGCGGCGCUGCACGGCUGGCACUGUCGGGCCAACGCUUUGCUUUUCUCCCGGGGCCGCACGGGCAAGGGGCCCAAGGGAAGCCAGGAGCCAGGGAGCCCCGAGAACCGUCGCAGUGCAGAGAUGGCCUCGGCCAUCCUGGAGGCUGCCCCGGAGCCCAGUGGGCUGCCCGAGGAAGAGGGCCCAGAGGAGUCCCCUGAGGCCGCGAGCACCCCCGAGCCGGCCCAGCAGAGGGCGAUGGAGCAGGAGCAGAGCCUGGCCACGGCGGAGAACAUGGAGGACCUCAAAGCCCUGAGCAGCGAGGAAGAGGAGGAGGAGGAGGAGACCAGGGCGAGGAGCAUUCUGCCCCCGUCGGUGCUGGACCACGCCAGCCUCAUCGCCGAGAUGUUCGCCAGCAGCUUCUCACGGCGCAGCAGCCUGGCGCUGGAGGAGGGCCGGCCCGGGGGCUUCCUGACGCCCAGGCUGGUCAGCCGGAGCAGCAGCGUGCUGAGCCUGGAGGGCAGCGAGAAGGGGCAGGGCCGCGGCAGCGCCGCCAACUCCCAGGGCCGCAUCUCGCCGCCAGGCUCCACCCGCAGCGGGGCCGCUUCGCCCGGCUCCUUGGAGCCCGAGCGCACCCCCUGCCACAGAAAAGAGUCCAUGCUCUCCCAGCGGGACCGGCUGCUGCUGGACAAGAUCAAGAGCUACUAUGAGUGCGCGGAGCACCGCGACGCCGGCUUCAGCAUCCGGCGCCGGGAGAGCCUCUCCUACAUCCCCAAGGGGCUGGUGAGGAACUCGGUCUGCCGUCUCAACAGCCUCCCGCCACCGGAGCAGCACGCCGACGCCAGGCGGGGAGCGGGUGGCUCGGGGAGCGGCGGGCGGACCGCCGCUUGGGUGCUGGCGGGCGUCCCCACCGCCAGGUCCAGGGCCGAGCCCAGCACCCCUGUCACCGAGGAGGAGUUCCGUCCACCCGCCGAGAUGAUCAAGGUGUGGGAGGGCAUGGAGAAGCUGAGCGCCGGCCAGCCCUGCCCGGAGAGGGGCAGCGGGGAGGGCGCAGCUGGUGCCACCGCUGCGUGGCCCCUGGACAGGAGCCAGGAGAACGGCUUGGACCUGCACGAGCCGCUGCUCAUCCUGGAGGACGACGAGCUGAGCGCCAUCGCAGAGGAGUCGGCCGGGCCCUCGCCCGAGAGCCGGUCCCCCACGGAGCGAGCGGGGCCCGCCAGGCUGGCCGGCCAGCUGCAGAGACUGGCGCAGGAACUGGGCCACCCCGCCAAGCCGUGUCCCCGGGUCCCGCCGCUCUCGGAGGCCGAGCUGAGCGAGCGCCUGAAGAACAAGGUGUACCAGCUGGCGCGCCAGUACAGCCUGCGCAUCAGGAACCGCCAGCCAGCCGGGCACAGGCGGCUUGCCAAGCUGGAGGAGCUGAGGAGCUGUGCAGCGUCCCCCCCGCGUGACGGGCACCAGGAGGUGAAGAGAAGCCCAGGCUCCCGGAAGAAGCCAGCGCUCUCUCUCGCGGCCUUUGAGCAGGUGGUGCUGCAGGAGUACAGCCCCCGCACGCCGCUCUCUGCCACCGCCUCCUCGCAAGACAAGUCGCCCAAGUGCUUCUCCUACAGCCCCUCCUGCCCCACCUCGCCCGGCAGUGGCAUCUCGCCCGACCCCUCGUCCUGCAGCUCGCUCAGCCCCAUCGUGGCGGAGACGUUCACCUGGCCUGACGUGCGGGAGCUGCGCUCCAGGUACUCCUUUGGCACGGCCUUCCCCGGCCCACGUCGGCCCCCCCCAGUCAACAGGAGCCGGUCGGCGCCGGAGAAGAUGGUGGCUGAGCUGCCGGGAGGCGUCCCGGGACAGGAGGGCUGUCGCGGGCUGGAGCAGAGCCCCGGGAGGGACCGGAGCACCGAGGCGAGCCCAGACCCCAGCGCGCGGCAACGCCAGAGGAACCAGAGCGCUGGCUCACUGCGCAUCACCGCGGAGGCCAUGCUGGGCGACCAGCGGGUCAUCGUGCUGGAGAAGGUGCCGUGUGGCGGGGACCCACCUGCCCCCGAGGAGCUGCCCGAUGCCGCCAGCUACGUGCAGAUCCGCUCUCCCACCUCGCGGGAGCGGAUCUCGCUCAAGGCUGUGGCAGAGCGCUGCAAGGCCUACCAGGAGUCGGACGAGUACCGGCGGCUGGAGGAGGGCCCGGCCCUCGAGCCCAGCCGGGCCGCAGGCUGGGAGCAGGCGGCCGCUGGCCAGCACGGCCGCGUGAGGAGCCUGCGGGAGAAGUUCCAGACCCUGAACUCUGCCAGUUGAGUGGACGCCUGGCCUGCCCGGCUCAUGAGGGGGAGGCCGGACUUGUGUACAUAGCGAGCGCCUUCCUCCUCCCCCCGCCAACGCCCCCCACCCGCAUGGGACUAAACCCCCAGGACCAGGCUGGGCCAUGGCCAGAGACCUGCUCUCAGCGGGGGCUCUGCGCUGAAGCAUGCACCUGCAGAUCCUGGGCUGGCAGGAGCAGCGGGCAGUGCCCACCACCAGGACCUUGGCGCAGAGUCUGCCCGCUGCCCUGCGGCUGAUCCUUGGCAGCCCUGCUGGCACGAGGGGCUGUGCUGCUGGCCAGUCCGGGAGGAGGAGGGUGAAUUGAUCUCCGCUGGGCUGGGUGAAAGGGAGCGUGGUGUACCUGGGUGCCCCAUGCAGGGCGGCUGUAUACAUCAGGGUCAUGUUGGCUGUACACACACUUCAGUGCAAUAAUCACCCCUCUCGCCUCC